UUUCACACUACUUACAAAGUGUAAUAUGAUUAAAUACCUCGGAUUUUUACUUCUUUUAAACAACAUUCUUACUGAAGAAGAUUACAAUUACAGAUAUGACUAUAGUGAUGACGAUAUCUCGAGUGGAGAUGAUUAUGUGUACAAUAAAACAGAUAAAGCUAGACCUAAAAGAAUAUAUGUUGACGAUACCAUCAAUAACGUAAUUAAUGAAGGCCGUAAUGUUGGUGAUAACACUGAUAACUAUAUUUUCAAAGAAGGAUAUCAGGAUGAAGUGAACAUUGUAGAUGAUACUAUACCCAAAUACCCCAAGAAGAUAUACAAGAGAGACUGUAACUACACACGCAGCGAGGAGAGUGUCCGGAGCCCGGAGCCAAACAUGAAAGACGACAUAUCCACAUAUCCAUUUGUAGCGUCUGUGCUCCGGAUGGGGUCGCACUACGCUACUGGUGUGUUGGUGGAUAAGCGAUGGGUGCUGAGCGCUGGUGGAGUGUUUUACAACGUUCGAGAAUCCAUAAAACUGUACAGAGUACAUCUAGGCUCAGUGAACUGCAAGCGUGGUGGUAACAUAAUGGCGUUACAACAGAUUGUGAUCCACCCAUCCUAUAUGCCCGGCAAGCCAGAGAGCGACCUGGCCAUGCUGAGGCUAUCGCAGCCGGCAGAUCUCAGCCCUUCCAUCCAUCCUGUUAGCUUGACUGAGAGGAAAGGGAGGGUGGAAAUCAGCAAGUUUUUGACGAUGUACUGGCCGCGGCUGAUAGUGGACGGGAAAGCCCUCCCCGCUGACGCGAAAGAACGGCAGCAGCACACCAGCAUGCGGGUGUCGACACAGCGGGUGCUGCCGUGGAAGCAGUGCUGGCGGGCUAUGAGCUAUCGCCUUCAAGACCUUACGCACAACAGCUUCUGUCUGCGGCCUCUGAAGCAGUUCCACACUCUCUGCUUGCCCGAUGUCGGUGCACCAGUGCUGUCUUCAGAUGGACUAUGGGGCAUAAUUUCUGGGUGGGUAGGCGAGCCAUGCAGCUACAAAGACCCCAGCCCUGUCGUGGUUGCCCGCAUAUCGCCACCAGCCGUACGCCAUUGGUUAGAGUCUCAGUUUGAACUUGAAGACUAAGACAUUUUGAAGGAAUCUUCUGA